AUGACUCAGUAUCAAUCCAGACUGACUUACCAGACCGCCGGUGAAUCGCACGGACCGGCGCUUAUCGCAACAGUCAUGGGAGUUCCGGCGGGACUCACGAUCGACACGGACAUCAUCAAUCGCGAACUCGCACGCCGACAAGGCGGGUACGGGCGUGGGGGAAGACAGAAGCUCGAGACCGAUACGGUCGAGAUCCUGACCGGUGUGCGACUUGGAAAGUCCAUCGGAUCUCCGAUCACGAUGCUGAUCAAAAACAGAGACUCUCGGCUGGAUGACCUGGAGCGAACACCUCCGGUCUAUCGACCACGCCCUGGUCACGCGGACCUCGCGGGGUCGAUCAAGUGGCUGACGACCGAUUGUCGUGAAACGCUCGAACGCGCCAGCGCUCGCGAGACCGCGGCUCGUGUCGCGGCGUGCUGCAUCGGACGCUUGCUGCUCAAGCAAGUCUUUGAGGUCGAGGUCUUCGGAUUCGUCCGUUCGAUUCUGGACGCAACGUCCGAUGUGCAAGUGAGCAUGGAUGGACUCGAUGCACUGAUCGCCGCACGCGACGAAUCCGCGACCUACACGCUCGAUCCGCGAACUACGGAACAGCAAUGCGACAUCAUCCGUGAAACCAAGUCCGACAAGGACACUGUCGGCGGUGAUGUUGAGUGCCAUGUAUUCAAUUGUCCUCCCGGCAUCGGGAGUUCGAUGAACUGGUACGAGAAACUCGACUCUCGCAUCGCUGGAGCAGUGAUGGGGAUCCAAGCAUUCAAAGCCGUUGGGAUCGGAUUGGGUGCCGAGUGUUCGAAGCGGUUGGGUUCCCAGCUUCAUGAUCCGAUCGCGUUCGAUCCGAGCAAAGUGAACACGCCUUCGCUUGGGUUUGUGCGUUCGAGUAACAAUGCUGGCGGGACCGAAGGCGGUAUGACCAACGGGCAGCCCGUCGUGGUGACGGGAACUAUGAAACCCAUCGCGACACUGCUGCAGGGACUCCCGAGCAUCGAUCUCAACUCAAAGAAGGCCGAGGAUUCACAGUACGAACGCAGCGACAUCUGUGCUGUGUCUGCCGCAAGCGUGGUGAUGGAGAAUGUGGUUGCGUUCGAAGUUGCUGCGGCGUUCCUGGAUAAGUUCGGAGGCGACAGCGUAAUCGAAACACGCGGCAACUACGACGCUUUCCUCGAUGUGGCGCGGACCCUCCCGCUUGAUCAUCCAGAUGAGCCGGGAACGGAUGACAUUCCCACGCUUGUGACCAGUAUCGACAUGGCGGUGCGCCUCGACGGCUUCGUCGAGCGGAUAGGUCCGAUCUAUUACGGCUUUCAUCGAUCCAUCCUCGACAAGCGCGAGCAGUUUCGUGAUUGA